CUGAACAUACAUGGCUACCUCCGUCCCUGCGACCACACCAUCGCCACAAACUAUCUCCACCAGACAAUAAAAUCAUAGGAGAAAAAGAUGAGACCUAUGACAAGCGGCGAUGAGCAAAUAAGGAGGAGGGAUGAUGAGAGGCAGGGCCGGCCCAUUAAGCAGUCCGACCGGGCCGGGUCAAUUAAUUUAAGCCCUCCUAUUUCCGUUCCGCAGAAGAACGCCUAAGCCGAGCGCCAGACGCCGCCGCCCGCCUGCACGCUCCACUGCUCUAGAGUCCAGCGGCUUCCCGCCAGACGCCGCCUCGCCGGAAACUCUCCAGCCUCCAGGUCCAGGAGUCCAGGGAUGAUGCAAUUGCCCUUAAAAAUAGCGAAGGACAUUGAGUGUAUUGAAAAAGGAGGACGAGUAGUUCAGCUUGAACAUAUGUCGAAAAGCAUAGCUACAUUCUCAAGACCAAGGACACUAACGCUCGCAUUGGAUCACAAAGUGGGAGAUGUCAUGUCUAAGAUAGUUCAAAUUCUGAAAUCAUGCCCUCUUUUGUGGAGUCUUUUUAUUGCGGUGAGUGAUUCUUUUUUUUAUCUUCUACUCACUUUGUGCAUCAUUUAUAUUGUUUUCCUGACCAAAAAAUCAUAUAUGUGCAAUUAGCAAUUUGAUGUCUAGUGUCUCCAACAUUGAAGCAAUAUUUUGGAUGUUUUUUUAAUGACUAAUAUUGUUUAUGAAUUGCAGCUGAGCGCUCGAGAAGAUGUCCAUAAUAAAAAACAUCUAUUAUAUGUAACAUAACCCUAUUAGGUGUCUAGAUACUCCAAAUUCUGCCAAGGUAUUGGGUAGAAUGGUUAAUAUAGUAUCCCCAGCCUCUGAGUAUCUUAUCACUAAUCUCUUUAAUUUUCUGAGUUUAGUCUCUAACAUUACCAAAGAUACCCAAAUCAUACUUCCUCACAAAAUGACUAAUUUCUUUUUGUUUAUGGGGGUUGUUGACGCCCCUAACAUUCCAGCAUCUCUAUCGCACGCCUUAUUCUUUCAACUACUUUCCUCUUGCUCACCUUCUUGAAUUCACCUUCAAGGAGGAUUCUCUUCCUUUCUUUUCGGAUUCAUCCUUCUAUUACAGUUUUCAUAUUCACGCCCUAGCCUUUUGCAAUGUGUUAAAGUAUUAUUCCUGGACCACAACCACAAGCUUGAACUUUUGCCUUGACAUGAUAUCAGAGGCUUUUUUACUUAGAUGUCACAGGUUUUGAAACUCAACAUCACCUAGUUUUAAAAAUUUUAAGGUUUCGCGUGCAAGGUUCAGAAGAGAUUACGCCUACACCUGUGGGGCCAUGUUAGAAUUAAAAAAAUCAUUCCUGGGCCACAACCACGAGCUUGAGCUUUUGGUUUAGUUGGUUCCUUAACACAAUGAUUAUAGUAUAAUAUAUUUGACAUAGUUUAUAGUUGAUGUUUUGGGUGAUCAUCCUAUUUUCCUCAUCAACGAACUUAACUAGCAUAACUUAGAUUUAUCCUAUUUCUCAUAGAUAGCUUUGUCUCGUUUGAUUCAUUUACAAAUCAAUCCAAACUCUGAGUUCUCUUUAUUACUUAAUCUUCUUUCUGUCAUCGUUGCUUGUCUCAUGCCCUACUAGACUGAAGAGCCUCCAUUUCUGUCACCGUUGCUAGUCUCAUGCCCUACAAGACUGAAGAGCCUCUUUUUCUGUCACCGUUGCUUGUCUCCAUCUCGGAUGUAAAAGAGCCCCUUGAGUUGUUUUCGGAAUUGGAACAUCAGAUAAAUGAGAAAAAAGUGAAGAAUAUGAAGUGUUGACACGAUGAUAGUUAUGAAAAUUAUAAAUGGGACAUAGGUUAAGAGUGGGACGUGUACCUUUCCAAUGAGCAAUUAGCAGAUCCUCAUAGUCUAGAUUCAAAUUAGAAGAAGGUGAAUUGUAUGUAGACUUAACAUCCUGAACCUCUUGAGGAGGACAAGGUCGACGAUGAUAAGCCUAUAAUGAGGUUGUUGUGGAACAAUAUUAGGUGGUGGUGUGACAGAUUCAAGUGGUGAGUCUAUAGUGUUAGAGUUAAUUAUUUGAUACUAGUGAGAUCGGUCCACAGAUUUGGAACAACUCGGAUAAAUGAGAUAUCUCUUCUUGAGAAUUUGGAUAGUAGAAAGAAGAUUUGAUGAAUGUGACGCUUGCAGAAACAAAAUGUUUUUGUAACAUUGGUGAGUAACACCGAUAUCCCUUUUGGAGUCUAGAAUAUCCAAGAAAAAUGCACUUAAUUGACUGGGCAAACAUUGUUUUGAUUGUCCGGGCAUAGUGUUAUGAACAAAACAAACACUCCCAAACAUUCGAGUUAGUAAGGAAAAGAGUUCUUUGUUUGGAAAUAAAGAUGGAAUAUGGAAUAUCAUUAUUGAGGACAGAGGAAAGCAUUCAGUUAAUAGGCUGUGUGGUGAUCUGCUAUUCAGGAACUCUUUUAAUGACGGCAACCGAAAAUGAUUAAAAGGAAGUUGUAUAAAAGGAAGUAUAUAUUUUUAAAAUAAUGCUCCGGGUAAGAUUAAUGCAGCCGAAAUUGAUUAAAAAUGUACAAAUUUUUCGGCUUUCUAUGUCCCCUCAAAUCAUUUAUUGAAUUAUUGGUACCAUUUCAUUUAAAUAGGGGCGGUAUAACAUUGUACCAUGCCAAAACCAUACCAAAAAAAUCACACAUUCAUAGGACGAAAAUUAGAUGAUAUGUGGAAAACCAAACUAACUAAAAUAAAACACAUAUUUUAUACCUUAAAUACUAACUGAAGUUAAUUACCCAAAUGACAAAUCAAACAAGAUCACACAUGACUAUAUUUAGGCUUACACAUUGAGAAAAUUUGAUGAGUCAAAUUGCUUAGAUAAAUAGUUCCAAAAGUCAAAACUAGACGAAUACUCCGGGACGGAGGGAGGCAGAUUGGACAUGGAGUGAUAUGAGGAUAUGCCAAUAAGCAAUCAACCGUUGACUUGAAGCAAAAAUGGAGUUCUUUCAGACAAGGGAAAGGAGGCUUAUUCCUGGGGUUAUCUUUGUUGCUGCCUGCUAUGCUAUCUGGAAAGCUCCAGAAAAGCAAUUGGCAAUGGAAUACAGCCUCAAGUUGAAUACAGAAGAGGAGGGUGAAGCAGAGAAGAUAGUGUUGCACCUGAAUCCCAUUGCUGCAACUGUGCAACUCCGACCUGGUGAGACGAACACUCAAACUGGCAUUGCUUAGAGACCUGUUGAAACAGAGUUGAUGAAGAAAAGCCUCUAAUUCCAUCAAGUGAUCAGCUGGCAAGUACCAACUUCCCCAGUUACAUUUACUUUCAUUUGAUUGAUUAUAAAUUGUGUGAUGUUUUCUGCUUUUAAAUGAAUGUUUUAGUAAUAC